AUGUCAAUGCUUGUAAAGACCAUGAUGGAUGUCCCAGCUGCAUGUUGGACUCGGUCUCAUUUCAAAAUAGACACACAAUGUGAUUUGCAACUCAACAAUAUGUGUGAGGCUUUUAAUCGUGCAAUCUUAGAGUAUAGAGAUAAGCCGAUCAUUUCACUACUUGAAGGAAUCAAAUAUUACAUAACAGUGAGAAUCUCUGCUCAAAAGGAGAAAUUAAGUAGGUACACUGGUGUUACAAGUCCUAACAUUAAAAAAGUCUUGGAAAAAACAAAGAGGGCAGCAGAAGGAUGGAUUGCAACAUGGCAUGCAAAUGAUGACUUUGCUAUAUUCGGAGUUUCAAACGGUGUUGAGACAUAUGCUGUGAACUUGCUUCAACAGAAAUGUGGUUGUAGGAAGUGGGAUUUAAGUGGAAUACCAUGUUGUCAUGCUAUUGCAUGCAUAUGGUAUAACAAGAAGGAGCCGGAAGACUACGUUUCACUAUUCUAUAGGAAAUCUACUGUUCUGGCUACUUAUAGCCAUAUUAUUAUGCCAACCAAUGACCCACAACUAUGGCCUGUUAAUACUGCUAACCCAAUCAGCCCUCCAGUCAUGCGAAGAUCUAUCGGUUGUCCUAAGAAGAAUCGUAACAAGGCGAAUGAUGAACCGAUGAUAAGAAAUACACUGCUUAGAACUCUUCAAAUUGUCAAGUGCAAGAAAUGUGAGAGUUUUAACCAUAACAAGCGAACGUGUAAAGGGAUGCGAGCUGCGGAGAGAGCGGUUCCUAAAGGUGGCAACAAAAAACCUUAA